CUUGAUAUCCAGGAGUAUAGUGUGUGUGUGCGCGCGCGUCCAACCUUGUAACAACGAUUACCUCUACCUUAUCCAUCAAUAUCUCGGCGGGUCUUAUGGGUCGAGUCAAGGAUGUGUUUUUUUUUUUUUUUAAUCUAGCUCAGGUUUAUUCGACGGGGUCUGUCUACCAUAAUUGGUCAGUGUGUGAUUCGUUGCGUUGGGUGAACGUGGCGGAGAGUUGGAUGGUGCCGAUGACUCUCCAUCCACCUGAAGCCGGCCGGGCCGAGUCGGGGUCGCGGUCUCUGGGCCCGAGGAUGUCGUGCCGGCGGGAGUUUCGGGGGUACUUGUCACCAUGACCCGACAGCAGGCUGUAUCCUUCCAACCGUCGUCAGUCUUUUUCACCCUCUAGAGUCACCGUCCACGAAACGACGGCUCACGGUAGGAACGUGAAGGCGAAUAAAAUAGGUCGCAGUAAAUC